AACACACAGCACAUCAAUCAGCACGUGGAAACCAGAGGUGUGGGCAUGCACAGAGCUGCUGCAGAGCAGAGCACACCAUCCUUAAAAGGAACCAAAACAGCUGCAUUACGCCUUUUUAUAUACCUGCACAAGUUAAUGUCAUUUACAGUAUAAAGCAAACUUGUUUGCAGUGUGGUGUUGAGCUCCCUGCGUCACACUUUACGCACCAUGCGCUCCGUGUGACUGGAAGCUGGUUUCGCAUCUCUUUGCGCGCAGAGAGAGAGAGAGAGAGAGAGAUGUUGUACACGGAGACAACAGAGGCUGAAUGAAAACACCGUUUCACUUUGGAUCCACACUGGCAGCCUGACUCGGACGUCAAAAUCUGCACAUUAUUACGCACACGAUUGAAGAAAAAAAGCACAACUUUAUUUCCCUCCUCACCUGCGUCCAGUCAGUCACCUCCACCACCUUCAAACUGAAGGAGCCUCGGUGUUGCAGCCAUGCCGAAGAACACCAAGGUGACCCAGCGGGAGCACAGCAAUGAGCCGGUCACUGAGUCGGUGGCGGACCUGCUGUCCCUGGAGCACCCCAUGGACUAUAAGAGCAGUCAGAUGAGUAUGGGUCUGAGCCCCGGCUCCACCGCUCCAGUGAAGGCCCUGAUCCCCUCCCCUGACCCCGACGCCGAGGACGGCCGACCAGCCUGGAACAACAAGCUGGAGUACAUCCUGGCCCAGGUGGGCUUCUCUGUGGGCCUGGGUAACGUCUGGAGGUUCCCCUACCUGUGCCAGAAGAACGGAGGAGGAGCGUACCUGGUGCCCUACUUCAUCCUCCUCAUCCUCAUCGGCAUCCCGCUGUUCUUCCUGGAGCUGGCGGUGGGUCAGAGGAUCAGGCGUGGCAGCAUCGGCGUGUGGAAUUACGUCUACCCUGAGCUGGGAGGCAUCGGGGUUUCCAGUCUGAUGGUUUGCGGUUUCGUCGGCCUCUACUAUAAUGUGAUUAUCGGAUGGAGCAUCUUCUAUUUCUUCCAGUCUUUCCAGUAUCCACUGCCUUGGGCCGAAUGCCCCAUCGUGAGAAAUGGAACACAAGCCAUCGUGGAGCCGGAGUGUGAGAAGAGCUCGGCAACCACUUACUUCUGGUACCGCCAGACUCUCAACAUCACCAGCAGCAUCGACGACACGGGCGGCCUGAACUGGAAGAUGACUCUGUCCCUGCUGGUGGCGUGGAUCCUGGUCUGCCUGGCUGUCAUCAAGGGCAUCCAGUCCUCUGGGAAGGUGAUGUACUUCAGCUCUCUCUUCCCGUAUGUGGUGCUUUUCUGUUUCCUGGUGCGAGGUUUGAUGCUGAAGGGAGCGGUGGACGGCAUCGCUCACAUGUUCACCCCUAAGCUGGAGAAGAUGUUGGAGCCGCAGGUGUGGAGAGAAGCAGCCACGCAGGUUUUCUUUGCUCUCGGUCUGGGCUUCGGAGGCGUCAUCGCUUUCUCCAGCUACAACAAGCGAGACAACAACUGCCACUUUGAUGCCGCGCUGGUCUCCACCAUCAACUUCGUCACCUCCAUCCUCGCCACUUUAGUCGUGUUUGCUGUCCUGGGGUUCAAGGCCAAUGUCAUGAACGAGAAGUGUGUCGUCGAUAAUGCAGAGAAGAUUCUGGGCUUCCUGAACACGGGUGUGUUGAGCAAAGAGCUCAUCCCUCCUCACAUCAACUUCUCCCACCUGUCCAGCCAGGACUACACAGAGAUGUACGGCGUCAUUAAGACGGUGAAGGAGGACGGCUUCGGCGAGCUGGGCCUGGACGCCUGCUUGCUGGAGGACGAACUCAACAAGUCGGUUCAGGGUACUGGUCUGGCGUUCAUCGCCUUCACAGAGGCCAUGACACAUUUCCCUGCCAGUCCCUUCUGGUCCGUCAUGUUCUUCUUCAUGCUGAUCAACUUGGGUUUGGGGAGCAUGAUCGGCACCAUGACCGGCAUCACCACACCCAUACUGGACGCCUUCAAGAUCCGCAAAGAGAUCCUGUGUGUGGUUUGCUGUGUCAUAGCCUUCUUUUUGGGCCUGCUGUUUGUGCAGCGUUCAGGGAACUACUUUGUCACCAUGUUUGACGACUACUCGGCUGGUUUGCCUCUCACUGUGGUGGUGAUCCUGGAGAACAUCUCUGUGGCCUGGAUCUACGGCACUAAGAGGUUCAUGCAGGAUCUGGAGGACAUGCUUGGUUUCAGGCCGUACUCCUUUUAUUACUACAUGUGGAGGUACGUGUCGCCGGCUAUCCUGGUGGUGCUCAUCGGCGCCACUGUCAUCGAGAUGGCUGUCAGUCCAGCAGGAUACAACGCCUGGGUGGAGGCUGAGGGCGCAGAGAGUUUCCACAGCUACCCUCCCUGGGCUUUAGCCAUGGCCUACUCCCUCAUCGUAGUGGCCAUGCUGCCUUUACCCCUCGUCUACAUCGUCCGCCACUUCAACCUGAUCUCCGACGGCUCCAACAAGCUGUCCGUCUCCUACCGCAAGGGCAUGAUGAAGGACAUCUCCAACCUUGAAGAGCAGGACGAGCAGCGCUUCAUCCUCAGUAAGAACCCCAGCGAGGCUCCGUCCCCGAUGCCCGCCCACCGCGCUUACCUGGGCCCCGGAGGCACCCAGGAGAUGACCAACACCAACUACGGCACCAGCACCAAGACGGGCUACCAGAACAUCGGCUCGCCCGAGUCUGAGCUAUGAUCCAGUGAGCUCAUAGAUCCUCCCGUCCGUUAAACGACCCCAGCCCUGCUUGGAGAGAGGGAGACAGAGGAAUAAAGGGAGGAAGGAGAGAAAAUCCAAUGCCGGUUGUUGCAGCGUUCAUCACACCUUAACUACCAGAGCUGAGUCCCUCUAUCCCCCCUUUUCUGCCCCAACGCUCCUUGUCUGUGAUUCCCUUCUUCCCCGCCGUAGGAUCCAUGCUGCCGUCAAUCCCAACCAUAAUGAAGGGAUGAUGAGAAUGUGAGUCCCACCAGAUAUGACAACCUUUAUCCAUCUGUCAACGUAUUACAGGGGCAGAGAGAGAGGGACAGAUGCAGGAAUGAAGCUCAGAAAGGUCCACCGAGGGCUCAGAUACAGGCUGUUUUGUAAUUAGCCGAGGUUAAGGUGUGUGCAGCGCUAACAUGCUUUACGUUGUACUGAACCGCGGGUUCACCAGUUUAGAGGAGGUUAUUUUUGAGACAGUUGGAUGUUCCUAGAUCUAUAGGAGAUCAUCAUCUUAUUCUGGUUGAGUUGGAGAAGAUUGUUAUUUGUGGGGUUAGGAUGGAAGGAGACUCAGAAAAAAAUUAUAUUUUCAUGAUCUGUAUCGCCGUACGAGAACGUUUCUCAUCUAGAAAACAAAAUGAUGCACCCAUAACAGUAUGUAUAAGUGAUUCUGGUAGUGUUAACAGUGUUACAAGCACAUUACAUCUUUAUCGUGCCUAUCAUGCAUCAGCAAUAAUAACCAGUCAAAGUAAAACUGUGGAUCUCCUUCUAUCCCCGCUUUCCCCACCGAUGUAGAAUACUGUACAUAUGUGUUGUGCAAUUGUCCGAGAUGUCACCGUAAACCGUGUAUAUACACCACAGUAGUGCGAAACGAGGGGAAACUUUUUUCCCCUUUUCAUUUUCUUCUCCACCCGAAGCACAAACGCCCGCUAUCGUUUUAGAGCAUCUCUGAGCCUUAACAGAGCAGCACUUAUAUUUUAAUCAACCUCGACCAACAGAGGGGCUGGAGCUGUCGCCAAACAGCACCGCACUACGUCGUCUUUGUGCUGCUCCGGUCGCAGCCGGUCUAGACAAAGCUUUUCCAUUUGAAUCAAUCAUUUUAAUCAAGCGUUUCCAUUUGAAUCGAUGCCUCAGAAGGGCAGAGGUGGCAGUGCAGGAGCAGAGAUAAGCAGCAGACCGAGGAGGAAUUGGAAAAUGUGUGUUGCCGAAUGAGAGCUCCCGGUGACCCUGCCUCUUUAAAAAUAGAGCUGCGUUACCUAGGGGGAGCCGUGGCAACGCACCAUAGAUACAGAUCCUCUUUUGAUGUGGAGGAGGAGGAGAGCGGACACCUUGCUUUGUCUGCUCCACCUGCACGGCUGUUUGUUCUGCAGUACACAGAUGAGACAUUUUACAAGAAUAUAUAUCUCUAAUGUUCAAGAGGUUCACUGCCUGUGGAUUUAUCAUACGUCAGCCCUAAGAGGAAGAUGUUUGGGUUUAUACAUUCCUCAAAUUGUGACCAUCAUUUCAUAAGCACUACAAUUUACACUUUGAUGUCUUUUUGUGAACUGAGGUGUGAAAACUUAAAGCCUUUUUUUGUAACGUAUAAUCUUGUAUGACGAUGUAUGUUUAGGGGUUAUAAUGUGGAAAAUGUGCAGUGAUAUAAAUGUUUGGAAUAAGUGGUAAUACACAGAUUUGACCACUGGGUGUCUCUGCUGGCCAACAGAGGAGCCGAUGACUCUGUGUUUUGUGGCCCCUCCCUGAGACAACACCAGUACUUGAGACUGAACAGAUGUAGUGUGUGAAGCACAGUCAGUCACAUUGUAUGGUGCCUGAACAGGAUCUCUGUUGUCUGUUUGCCUUAUGCUUUUGUCAGUUUGUUUUCUCGGUCAUGUAGUGCGUUUGCGUAGAGUUUGGACCAACGUCUCGUCUCGUUCACUUGAGCACUUUAAUUAGGUAGAGACCCUGGAGUUGUUUGUUAAUAAGUAGCCUACGGUUUUGACAAAAGCUUUGUCAUUAAUCACAUGAAUGCUGUCACAGGUUAGCAAUAUUUAUAUAGAGAGAGAGAGAUAGGGGGCUGAAGGCACAAUACACAAAUGCAUCGCAAGCUACUUCACAAAAACAUCUUGUUUCCUGUGUAUAACUACGGCAGAUCUUUGACAUUUUUAGCAUUUUAACAAGUUAUAAUGUUUUAUUUUGCCCCGUUAUCACACCGGUGUUGAUUGAUACUUCCAUGCCAUUGGCUGGCAAUGCUAGGUCCUCCCUAUUUUACGUAAUGCAAGUCUUGACCAAUGCCUACGCUGUUAUGGUCAUGUGACCGCUUACAUCUGCUCAGGUUUCAGCCUACAGUACUUAGUAGCGCCUACAGUAGCUGUGAUAUAUUGCUUGGUAUAUAGUUUUGUAUACUGAAGUGAUGAAUCGUAUAAUACCUUACUGAUCUUCCACAAACACCUUUACAUAAUCAUCUCUUUUCCCUCCUGUCUUUCUUAGAUUUGCAUGUUCUUUAAGUAGAGAAAGUCUGCAUUACAGGGAGAGAAGGGUAGUAAUACAUUGCAAACUAAACAAUAGAAAAAACGAAGGAAUCUUUCCACACUAGUCUCCCACUAAAUCACAGGAAAAGCAGUUGCUCUCCAUCCUGAAUGCGUAAGGAUGUUACAAAUGAACAUGUAAACACGCCACAGACAGAUUAUAACCUGUUCAGUCGCUAAAUAUGCAGAACUACCGUGAUAACAUGCACAAGAAACUAGAUGUUUUUGGUCAUAUUGGCUUGUUACAUAAAUGGCACAUAACCUCAGGUGAAGGUACUCACCUGUACUCAACUUGCAGCUUUGGGGUUAAAGAGUUAAAGCACAUUUAUGGAAGAAGCACAGGAAAGUGAGCACAAAGGAGAUUCAUCAAAGCACCAGUCAAUGAGUUAAAAAUAGAGUCAGUGUGGGUGAACUAGAUGAGGAGACUUGUGGAUUAUCGUUAUGAUCUGAUUCAUGCAUCCUCCAAGGGGGUCGCUGGAGGA